AUUGCGAGUGAAUCAGGUGAUGUAUAAUGAUCAUCUUUCGAUGGCAUUUAUUCUAAAAUUUGUAUGGACGUGGUACGAUGACGGCGAAUAACGACAAUACCACAUGGAGCGGACGGAGUGUAACAUGCACAGCACCGAUAAAUAUAGCAGUCAUAAAAUACUGGGGUAAGCGAGAUGAACAACUAAUAUUACCAACUAAUAGUUCACUGAGUGCUUCAUUGGAUCAAGAUCAUUUAAAAUCAACAACUACUGCGUCUAUAUCCAAGGAAUUCAAACGGGAUAGACUAUGGCUGAAUGGAAAAGAAGAAUCAAUAGAAAAUCCAAGAAUUCAAAACUGUUUAAUAGAAAUUAGACGACGUGCUCGGAAGCGAAAACAUAAUGAUGAUUCCAAAUCCGAGAUGCUGAACUGGUCAGUCCAUAUUUGUUCUGAAAACAACUUUCCAACAGCAGCUGGUCUAGCAUCCUCUGCUGCGGGCUAUGCUUGUUUAGUUUACACUUUAUCAAAGUUGUAUGAUAUCAACGGUGACGUUUCUGACAUAGCUCGACGGGGGUCUGGUAGCGCUUGUCGUAGUAUAUAUGGUGGAUUUGUACAGUGGACCGUGGGAGAAAAGAAAAAUGGAUCAGAUAGCAUUGCUAAAGUUGUAGCUGAUGUUGAUCACUGGCCAGAGAUGAGAGUAUUGGUUCUAGUUGUGAGUGAUCAAAAAAAGCACACGAGUAGUACAAACGGGAUGAGAAAUAGUGUCAACACGAGUGACUUCCUACGCUACAGGGCUGAACAUGUCGUACCAAGCAGAAUGGAAGAGAUGAUAAAAGCAAUUGAAGAAAAAGAUUAUCAGAAAUUUGCUGAACUUACUAUUAAGGACAGCAAUCAGAUGCAUGCAGUCUGUCUCGAUACAUAUCCCCCGAUAUCAUAUAUGAAUGAUACGUCUAGAAAAAUUAUCAAUAUGAUACAUGCAUUUAAUAAAUAUCAAGGUGAACUUAAGGUUGCCUAUACGUAUGAUGCAGGACCCAACGCAGUGUUGUAUUUAUUGGAUGAACAUGUACCUGAUGUUGUGUCUUUAAUUAAUUAUUAUUUCCCUCCAUGUGAUAAUAUUAGAGAGACGUUCAUCCGUGGAUUGAAAGUGGAUUUCAAAACAGAUAUAAGCCAAGAACUCAAGGAUGUAGUGCCACUUGAACCAAGUCCAGGAGCAAUCAAAUAUGUAAUAUCAACAAAGGUGGGACAAGGACCUCAGAUACUACCAAAUGAAGCCAGUUUGCUGAAUGAAAAUGGGCUACCAAACAAACUUCUACAAUAAUCAGAAACUAUGACCAGAAUUUUGGUCUACAAAGUCUGAUGCCAGAGUGUGUGGUGCCCUCUAGUGUCAACAAACUGAUGUAGAAGAUGCUUCUGCACUGCAGGACACGAGGCAAACAAAAAUGUUGCUGGAACAAUUAAUACAGCUGCAUCUGACAUAAAAAAUAUAUAACAGAUACUGAGAAAUAUGAAUUCAAUUCAAAUCACUUUUGUGUUAAAUGAUGUCAAUGUUAAAACUGAAAACGUCAUGAAAAUUAAACAUUUUCACCAACUGGAUGAGGGUUGUGAAUAGACACAUUUUA